GGAGGGGUCGUUCUGCCAUGGCUCUGUCCCCUCGCCCCUUGGUGGCCCUGCUGGCCCUGCUGGCCUUGGUGGCCCCGCCAAGGGUUUUGGUGGCCUCGGAGAGGAAGAGAUGUGCCACCACGUCCCGCAGCGGGCCCUUCCUGCACCUGGACGUGGACGAGCCCGGAGUGCUGUCGGUGACAAACGGGGAACACUGGGGAUACUGGGGGCACGCGCAGUUCUGUCCCCCGGGGUCCUUCGCUAACGGGAUCCAGCUGAAGUCCCCUCCCCGCAGUUUCGGAUCCUGGGGUCAGCCCGAGUUUUGUCCGCCGGGGCAGAUCCUCGUGUCCUUCCGGCUGCGCGUGGAGGUCUCACAGGGCCUGUGGGACGACACCGGGGCCACCGACAUGGCCGUCAUGUGCUCGGAGGGCUCGGUGCUGGAGGGCGGGGGGCUGGCCAGUGGGGACUGGGGGGACUGGAGCCAGAGCUGCGCCAUGGCCUGUGGGAUCUGCGGGAUCCGAUCCCGCGUGGAGCCCAAUGAGAGCGGUGACAACAGUGGCCUCAAUGAUGUCAAACUCUACUGCUGCACCUGAGCCCCCUCAUGUCACACUUGAGCCCCCCUGUGUCACCCCUGAGCCCCCCCAUGUCACACCUGAGCCCCCCGUUGUGGACACUGCUGAAGGCCUAGGCACAUUUCAGCCAGGCCUUUUCUCAGCUUCUGAGCUUCUUUCCCAGGCCAUGAGACUUUUCCAGCUCCGGCCAGGAUUUUUCCCAGGGUGACAGCUUUCUUACAAAUAGAAAGGAAUUAAUAAACAUAGAUUAGCAUCUGGUGUUGACCGUGGAACAGUGCAUGAUGUACGUGACAUGGGAUGUUUUCUCCUCUUGCCCAAUGAACUGCUGUCCCGUUUGAGAUUCACGAACAGUCCUAUAAAUAUAGGUGGGGUUCUAAUAAAGUGCGUUUUUCCUUCCA